AUGUUGACCAGCACUGGAGAAUAUGCUAUACCUGCUAUAGAUGCGGAGGCCUAUGCCCAAGGAAAAAAGGAACGACCUCCAUUUGUUCCCCACGACCAGUCGUCAUCUGAGGAUGAUUCAGACCCGAUCCCCGAUGAACUCCUGUGUCCGAUCUGCAAUGACCUGAUGACUGACGCUGUAGUUAUACCCUGCUGCGGAAACAGUUACUGCGACGACUGUAUCAGAACUGCUUUGCUAGACUCAGAGGAGCACAUCUGCUAUAGCUGCAAACAGUCGGAUGUUUCGCCAGAUAAUCUCAUUGCCAACAAGUUUCUUCGACAGGCUGUGAACAACUUUAAGAAUGAGACUGGCUACACCAAACAUGGCCGGAAGCAGGUCCAACACGCAGCUCCUCUUCCUCCUCGUCCUCAGCUGGUCAGACCUUUGCUGUCUAGACAGCAGGAUCCCCUCCUGGCCAAUGCUGCUCAUCCUGCUCCAGCAAUAUCUCCUAAAAUGGAAGUCCCGCCCCCUGCACCUCGUCCUCUUGCUACUGCUCCUCUGGUGUCUGCUCCUCCUCCUGUUUCCACUGCCGCUCCUGCUCCUCCCGUUUCUACCACUAUUGCUGCUCCACCCAUUUCCACCACCUCUGCUGCUCCAUGUGGUCCUGAUGGCUCAUCAGCUCCUGUGACUCCAAGUCCUUCUCCUCCUCCUCCUGCUGCUGCUCCUGCUGCUGUUGACCAUGAGGAGGCGUCACCAGUUGCUGCUCCUGUUGUUGACCUCCAUUUACCUUUGGUCUCAAACAGCCAGGGUGAACCACCCCCUCCAGGGGAGUCCCAUCCAGAAUCUCCGGUAAAACGAGCUUCUUCAGGAACACCUGAAAGACCUUCACAGGUCACCAACCACGAUCCAACCAGUCUCACCGAGGAGGAAACAGACACUGGUACAGAAGCAGAGGAGAGCAUCCCUCCUCUCAUGUGCAGAGUGCUCCUGCUCUUGCCCCUGCCCCGCAAGUCUACCCAGCUGCCCUAUACCAACCGGCACCACAGACCUACAUUCCCCAGUACAGCGCAGGGCCAGGUCUCAUUCCCCCUCCUGCUAUUAGUUUCCAGCCUCAGCCUGUUUAUGCCCCUGGACCACCUGGCCUUAACCCCCCCUGGGUCGCUCCUGGUGCCCAGCCCCCUCUCAUGCCAUUGCCUCCAUCCCUGCCACAAGCCCCUCUCUCAAAAGAAGACUUCUACAGACAAAGGCACCAUCGACAGGACAAGAGCAGCUUUUUGCUCCCUAACUGGGAGAAGGGGAAAGGAUCUUGCGCUCGUGACGCCAUGCUGCAGUGGGUCUAUAUGUUUUUCUGACUUGUUGAAUAAUUUGCUCUCUUUCAGAUCCCGGUCCUACAGCCGCUCUCCAUUCAGCCGCUCUCCAUUCAGCCGCUCCCCAUAUUCCCGCUCCAGAUCUAGAACCAGGUCUUACUCUUUUUCUCCCAGUCGGUCCCGUUCUCGCUCUCAUGGCCGAUCCUACCCUCGCUCCCCUUACUCCAGACGGAAUGGACGGAGUUAUGGACGUUCAAGGACAAGGUCCCGCUCUCGCUCGAGGUCUUAUGGCUACCGGCGCUCCGGCUCACCACGUUCUCCUCUUUAUCGAGCUGGAGGCUGGGAUGGACCGGAAGGCCCCAGAGUCUACAGGUCUCGAACACGGUCACGCUCCCCCGGCGGCUAUCGGAGCCGCAGCCCCGGUGGAAGAAAGCCCCCUCCUCGGGAGUUACUAGCAUACGAGCUAAAGGGACACAGUCCUGCUAGUCACGACCGCUGGGACAGAGAACGGUACAGACAGUGGGAGAAGGAAUAUGCAGACUGGUACAACAAAUAUUACAAAGACUUUGACAACCAACACCCCCCUCUGCAUCAUCGAGGUCAUGGCAGCAGAGACAGAGAGCGGGAGAAAAUAUCUGUGUCAUCCAGAGAUUAUUCUCCCCAGGGAAGAGGAAGACGAGGUAAAGAGGAGAGGUGUGGGUUACCUCACAACCCCCCAUCAUCUUCUUCAUCAGGAGCCAAGUCCAGCACUAAAAUCCUGAAGUCAAAGAAAAUCAAAAAGAAGAGGCCUGGAGAGGAAGCAGAGCAGCAGCAGCCUGUAGACAGAGGUGAUGCUACGCCUGUUAGAGAUGAGCCAAUGGAUGAAAUAUCCAACUCCAAGACUCCUCCUAUCUCUUCAAGGCCCCUCCUUACAGGUGGUACUGUGAUGCCUAAAGGUACAUCUUCCAAAGGCCCAAUUGCUUCGGCUAAACCAGCUGCCAAGUCAGCAUCAAAGACCCAGACUGACAAAACAAAGAAGGACAAGGGUCCAAAAGUGAAAGCUAAAGUUAAAGUGCAGGUUGUCAAGGCAAAGAGUGAGAAGGUCAAGAAAAAGCCUGGAGAAGGAGUGGUGACUACAAAGGACACUUCAAUCUCCUCAUCUGCUGUCAAACUGGGUAAGACUGCCAAGACCAAGCCGGAUGAUGCUUCCGUCUCAGCUGCACCUAAGAAAGAGAAGUCUAAAAGCUUUGCAGUGAAACCUGUUGUGAAGACCCUUCCCAUAGCCUCCCAGAAUCAGUCUCUAUCUCAUCACUCCCUCCAAGAAAACCCCCGGUCCGGCCAUGAUUCACAGACCAGGAGAGAUCCCAAGAGCGCUGCUCUCCUCCUCCCUGGGCACAGACCUCCACUGCUCCUGCGGCCUCCAUCCCCAGUAGAGAGUCGGAGGAGGAUGGGGGAUGACUGUCGCUCUUUAGUUGGACCCCCUGACAAGCUGAGGAGAAUAGAUGGAGGCGGUCCAGUUCCCCACGCACACGUACAUGCAAACCCCUUUCACAGAGUCCCACCCGCCUCUGACAGGCAGAGUCAGAGUUUAAUUCCUCUGUCAGGGACCAGAGAACUGGGUCGAACAGAUGCAGACCGAGGACCUCUGCUGGACAGUCCGAAGCCAGUGAGGAAGAUCAAGCUGAACAGAGAUCUGGGGAGAAGAGGCAGCAGUGAGGCAGCACCUUCAGACAGAUCCCAGUCCGGUACUGAGAAAUCCUCCUCUGGCUCAGAUCGAUCUGCUGCUCUUCACGGCUUGGAAGGAGACAGACACAGAAGUACAUCAGAGGGAGCCGGAAGGAAGGAGACAUCAGCAUCUGUGGAUAAAGGAGCUUCCAGAGAGCGACCCAGCAGCGCCGGAGACAGACAACGAGGCUCAGACAGGGAGCAGGACAGGGAGCGGGACAGAGAGCGGGACAGGCCGCCUGCUUCAGACAGAGACAAAGAAUCAGGCUCCAACAGGGACAGGGACAGACCGAGAGCAUCUGAGGACAGAGAUGAGGAGGGAGAGAAGGAGGUGAAGACAGAGAGAAAAAACCCCAGCAGUGGAAGUGGAGCAGCUCGUUCUGUCUCUGUGGAUAAAAUGACAAUCGGAGAGAAAUCUGCUUUUUGCAAAAAACUGGCAGAUCAGGAGAAACCAAGUGGUUCUUGUAAGGAGAGGAUGGAAGGUGCAGAGAGGGCUGCUAAACCUGACAGGAGCCGGUCCAAUGACAGAACAGAGAGGACUGGCCUCUCUGGAGACAAACCAGCUGUUACUCAAAGAGAAGUGAUCAAAGAAGACCAGGAGACGGCUGUGAAAAGCAAACCCAGGAUCAGUCGGAAGGCUCUGCCGAGCCAUGUGUCUUCCUCCACCAGGUCGGCUCCAGAGAGAAAGCUCGAAUCAAACAGAGAACAGAAGAAGAGUGUAACGUCUAAAGCUGCUGAGCUUCCUCCAGCCAGCCCUGUGAGGGGCCGCCAUCACAGCCCACCCCCCAUCCCAGCGCAGGAGCUGCCGCUCAUCCAGCCACCGCCGCGCUCCAAGUGGGAGAGAGACGACGACGACGACGGACAGGAAGACGAUCCCAGCCCACCGACCAAGGACCCUUCACCACUGGCAGAGAAAGGCCGAGGCAGAGAGGGACACCAUGACGCAGCCAAGUCUGUUAGAGCUGAAGCCCAGGAGGCUGUGAAGGAGGAGAAGAAGGGAUCAGUCAGGGAGGAGAAGAAAGGGAAGACACAGAAGGACGAGGGGAAGGCUGGCAGGACUACACAGAAAGAUUCAGACAAACCACACAGAGCAAAAUUUGUGAGGGAGGAGAGCAGAGGAACCAAAGAGGAGAGAAAAUUUUCAGCUAAGGAGGAGGAGAAGAAAUGUGGAGGAAGAGAGGAGGGGAGGGGAGGAGCAGGGAAGGAGGACAGAACUGCUGGAGGAGGACGGGAGGACAGCCGGAACCCGGAGCCCAGGAGACAACGUCUCUGCUCAGACCUGACCCGCGAAACAGACGAGGCGUCCUUUGUCCCAGACUACAGCGAGGGGGAGGGUUCGGAGCCAGAGAGGGGGCGGAGCGGCAGCCCCACCCCGUCCCCCACCCGGCCCUCCUCGUCACUUAGCAACCACAGCGACUCGGCCACCACCGCCGACAAGAAGAAGAAGAAACACAAGAAGCACAAAAAACACAAGAAGCACAAAAAGCACAGCAGCCAGGACAAAGAGAAGGAGCCCAAGCAACACAAGAGCAAACAGAAGAAGAAGAAACACAAAAAGAGCAAAGACAGGGAGGUGGAGGAGAAACAGGAGGAGGAAGCUCCAUGCUAACACCUUUUCUACACUCAUCCCAGUAAUGUUUGUAAAGGAAAAACAUUCAGUUCCACUAUAAGUUAAUUUUGUGGAGAAGUGUUUCAGGAAGAACUGACACUUUCUACUGGAUCGCUCCAAACACAAGUGUUGUCUGUAGUUGCCCUUGACAACACUGCAUCAGGAUGGCUGUUGGGGUCUCUGCUAUUUUUAUGAACCAGUCAGUGAGCAGAAGGAACAUGUUGACCACAGCAGUGGGUGCAAAUGAUAGGAAUAAUAGCCACUGUUCUCAGGGAUGAGACUGCUGCUCCGCCGGCUUCGGUUGUCUGUACAGAGAUUUGCUUUGCAUCAGUUCUCCGUUCUUUUGGCUUUUCAAGCAAUCUGUCAUUGCUUUAUUUGCAUUUAUUUCCAGAAGACUCUGCUAGGAGUUUUGCAUGUUUUAGCACAGUUAUUUGAGAAUUAUAAUUCUCACCUUAAAUUUUUUUUUUCGUUUAUACGGGAGUUCAUGUUUUAUCAAAGAACGAAUCUACAUGAAACACCUUUUCCAUCCAAUUUAAUCAAAAGAAAAUAAGUUGCCACAAGGAAAUGUAAAUAAUAAUAAAAAAACUAAAAAAAGUCCCGUGGAAGUAAAACAUUAUUUAGCUUAAACUUACAAAAUUUCUGGUAUUAAUGUGAAAGCUGACGGUUGUGUAUUCAAACCACACUGGACUGUGUAAAUCAAGGAUGUUUAUUUAAUGAUGAAUAAGUUGUGAAGUUUUUUGUUUCUAAGGUACAAAGAAUGUUUAUGUGGAUGAACUGGUGUGAAAAUGAGGAUAACUGUUCUUUCAAAUAACAUGUUUCAGUUUUAAUAAAAAAAGUUUUGAAAUCAAA